GCUUCUGAUCACCGAGUCAAAUGUCAUUUUUCGGUACUUUCUAUGUGGAAAGAAGAAUCGAAUUACAAGGCAGACUGUUUUCGUGUGGAUUGCGAUACACUGUCUCGACUUUUUGGAUUGGCGACUUGGCUCUUGCGGCCGUUUUGGCCUUGACUUGUUUUUGAUCUUUUUUCCUGGGUUGCGCUUCUGGGCUCUAGGGUGAGGGUGACUGUCGCUUUCACCUUCUCUUCGGGAACUUCAGCAAGAGAAACAGACCUCGAUCCCGACGAGAUUGCGGGGCUUUGCACAAAUCGCUAUGGCGACAGCGACGCCUUCGAGAAAUCGCUACCAGAAUGUCUAUUCUGGGACGGAGAAGAGGCGACUCAACGGCCUUUGGCAUAGGAACGAGUGGUGGUGCAACUGUGACCCCCGUAAACGCGCUGUCGAACGGGCAGUAACCAGAGACACCCCUAACAGGGGGAAGCACUUCUGGGCCUGUCCCCAUCCUCCUCCCGACGGGUGUGGUUUUUUUCUCUUUGCUCAAGAAGCAAGAGUGCGAGAGAUUGGUCUCACGCCCUCAUCGUCUAAUGAGGCAGUUGCUGUGCCAUUAGCCGCCACUCCGUCAAAGGCGCCGACCCUAACGCAGACACGCCUCACCGAUAUUGGAGUUGAAAUUCUUGGAGGCAGACGUCGGAGUAAUCCAGAAUAUGCACGUCCCACUGAGGACGAUGGUGACGCAGAGGCCGCGCCUCAUCCCCAGCCCGUGAGUUCAUCACAACCGGAAGCGGGAUCAUCGUCAGACAAGGGAAAAGGGAAAGCCGUUGCGGAUCCAUUCUCUACUUAUGAGCCUCUUACUCCUGGCCCUAGUGGUGGUCGGAAGCGGGGCCGUGAUGAGUUUGAAGAAGAUCUUUUGAGCGAUAUGGACUCCGAGGAAGAGCGGGAGCUCGCUACCAUGACGGAUAGAAGCGCUCAGAAAUUUCUCCGCGAGGAGGCUUACAGCGGCAGCAGUCAACAAGCAGACGAUGAUGAAGGCAAUGCUGCUGCCAGCUCGUCCCGGCCUGUCGCGCGCACUCUCUUCCCUCAGGCACAAGGCGUCAAGCGUCGGAAGUCGGUGUCCUUUGAAGAACCAGAGCCAUUUGUUCCUACGUCUAGUAAGGCCACUACUGCUCAUUCGGAUGACACUGGAUCUGCGGCGCCGCCGCCUAGCACCAUGCAGAUAUCUCCUCCUAGCAGCAUGGAGGAGGCUCCCCCUUUCCCUUCGUCUGCCAUGGCGGCGACGCAGCAAAAUGACGGUGAUGAAGACAAGGAGGGCGGUGACAAUGACAUUGCUGAGCAAGUCAUGAACCUUCUCCAAACUCAACCCAUCGACCGCUCUGUCUUAGAGUCCGUUCACAAUCUCCUCCUCGUAUCCGCCCGUCGGACCAGAGGCAUUGCUAUGGGUCGAGACUCUGCUCGUGCAGCCGUCAACGAGAAGAAGAAGAAGAUUGGGAGACUACAGGAGAAGAUUGCGGCGCUUGAGAAUACGGAGCGGUCGCUGAAUAGUCAGAUUACGCAUAUGAAGGCUGGAUUGAUGAAGAUGUACGAGGCUAAUUGAUCUUCUUUAUUCCUUUGUUUCUUUUAUUACUACUGUUUGGGAGUUCCGGGGUAUAGGAGGAAGCGCAGGAUAAACAAGCAUAUCAAGUAACGACAAUACCAUGUAUGAUCUAAGAUAGUACAAGCAUCAACGAUGAAAUUUGAAAUUUAGUGAAUCAGCAG